AUGUCCGAACCUUCAAAGGAAGAGCUCCUUGCCAGAAUAGCGCAGUUGGAACUUGAAAAUGAGCAACUUAAACAGCAAAAUGGCAAGAAAUCCCAGCAUGAACAGUUUAAUAAAAUCGAUGAUAAUUUCAGUCUCGAUGAGUAUAAACGAUAUGGUAGACAGAUGAUUGUACCUCAAUUUGGUUCCUUAGAAUCCCAGAUCAAAUUGAAAAACUCUAAGGUGUUAGUUGUUGGUGCUGGAGGGUUAGGCUCUCCUGCCUUGCUAUACUUAUCUUCUGCUGGGAUAGGAAAGAUUGGAAUUAUUGAUCCCGAUACUGUUGACACCAGUAAUUUGCACAGACAGGUGAUACAUAACACGGAAAUGGUGGGCGAAUUCAAAUGUAUAUCUGCACAGAAUUAUAUCAACAAGCUUAACCCUCACGUUGUUGUUGAAGUCUAUCCUACAGCAUUGAACAAUGAUAAUGCGUUUGGCAUUGUUCUGCAAUAUGAUUUGGUAUUAGAUUGUACAGAUCAUCCUGCCGUGAGGUACCUUAUAAAUGAUGUGUGUGUUUUAUUGGGGAAAACCAUUGUUAGUGGCUCUGGGUUGAAGUCCGAUGGGCAAUUAACAGUUUUGAAUUUUGCAAAUAGUGGUCCUUGCUAUAGAUGCUUCUACCCACAACCACCGUCACCGGAUUCAGUUACAUCGUGUUCUGAUGGUGGUGUAAUUGGCCCUGCAAUAGGCUUAGUUGGCGUUGCAAUGGCAGUAGAGACAAUAAAGAUUAUAACAGGAUACUACACCAAGGACAAUUUUGUGCCCUUUCUCGCAUCGUAUUCGGCUUAUCCUCAGCAACAGUUACGUGUAUUUAAAAUGAGAAAGAGACAAAAAGAUUGUGCUGUAUGUGGAGAAAAUCCCCAGAUAUCUCAACGUAUGAUUGAGGAUGGCACUAUAAAUUAUAAAACAUUUUGUGGAAGAGCAACUUUUGACCCUAUUGAUGACAAGUUUAGAGUAUCACCAAAAGACUAUGAUAGUGUGGUUCAAAAUAAGAAGAAACACAUAUUAAUUGAUGUUAGACCACGCGAACAAUUUCAAAUUACGCAUUUACCAAAUGCAAUUAACGUUCAAUGGGACCCUACAUUCAGAAAAGCUGAUGCUAUAGAACAGUAUCUACCAGAUGAUUCCACCAAAGAUGAUGAGAUUUAUGUUGUUUGCAGGUUUGGAAAUGAUUCGCAAUUGGCUGCUAAAAAGCUUAUAGGCAUGGGUUACCCGAACGUGAGAGAUAUAAUUGGUGGUUUAGAUAAAUGGAGCGAUGAUGUGGAUUCGAAAAUUCCAAAAUAUUAA